CGGCUCGUGAACGCGCGUAGAUAAUGCCGAUAAGAAACCAACGCUAGGUUUUAUUGUACAAUGGAAUCCGUGUAUGUCAUAGUUCUGAUGAUAGUGGCGUAUGUUGACGUUCAACAUGCAGAAGAGACUUCUGGCCUAACAACAAACCCAAACAAUAAGAUGGGAAUGGUUGAAAAUCGCCUGACUGACACUGAGCUGCUAAUGUCUUUUGUGGUUUUUCGUCAUGGUGACAGAACACCAGAUCAGGAAGAAUUAGACAAGUUCCCAGGGGAUCACCUGAAUAAUAAUAUAUUCUUUCCGUAUGGCAAAAAGGCUUUGACAAAUAAAGGCAAGCAGAGAGGCUUUCGCGUUGGUGAAUACUUGAGGAAUCGAUACAAUAAUAAACUUAUAUCCAAAUUAUAUUUGCCUGAUGAGACUUCUGUGCGGACUACGGACUACGCGCGAACCAAGAUGACGGCAUUGACUGCACUGGCUGCCAUCUUUCCUCCAACCCAAGCACAGAGGUGGAAUCCAUUUUUGAACUGGCAACCGGUGCCCUACGACACGGAACCUCACGAGGAUGAUGACUUGCUAUACUACUAUAACUGUCCACGAUAUCUUAAACUAAGGGAAAAGGUAUAUGGCUUGCCGGAGGUUCAGAAAUUGAUAAAGCCGUAUGAAAGCCUCUUCAAAUAUUUAAGUCUGAAAACAGGAACUAAUAUAACCACAUUAGAAGACGUUUUCUAUUUAGAUAACUUGUUUCAGACUUUAGCAAAUGUAGGAGUGAAUCCUCCAACUUGGGCCCAGGAGGUGAUGCCAAAAAUUAAAGAAAUUACAAAGAUUGAAUAUGCCUGCCAAUUCUAUGAUAGUGAAUUGAUACGCUUAUCAACAGGAAUACUUUUGGGGGACAUAUUAAACGCGACGAGUGCCGCUAUGACAGGAGACAAAGAGCAACCAAACUUGCAAUUAUACUCUGCCCACGAGAACAACGUUGCAGCACUUAUGGCAGCAGUAGGAGUUUUCAAGCCGCACCAGCCUAAAUUUGGAUCAGCGAUACUAUUGGAAUUUAGGAAGCGACUGUCGACAGGGCAGUAUGGUUUUACUGCGGUAUACGCACCAGAUGCCGGUGGUCCAGGAAUUAUUCUUCCAAUCUCCGGAUGUGGGGGGCAGCCAUUUUGUGACUACGACACUUUCAUUACUUUGACGAAGAAUAAUGUACUUUCCCGGAGCGAAUACAAGGAACAGUGUUUCAUUCUUGACGUAUAAUGUAGAAUAUAAUAAUUUAAAGCAUUAUUUAUUUAAAGCUUUUAAGCUUAGCUUGUUAUCAAAAAUUAUA